CAUCGCCUCGCGCCGCACCGGGAGCUGGCGGCAUGGCGGCGGCGCGGGGGGGGGAGGCGCCUCGGGGCCCUGCUGCGAGCCGCGGCCGGGACCGGGGCCGGGAUCGGGAUCGGGGCCGGGCCGCGGGGGGCCGCAGCAAGAGGCCCAGCAUGCCUCCCAAGGGAAAUACUCCGUUGUUGGAGCCUCCGGCACAGCGUUCCUGCCACCUGCGUUUCUGCUGGCCGGACAUACAGCACGCAGACAGCAGAGAGCAAGGAAGAGGAGCCCCUGCACACCAUCAUCAGCAACACAGAGAACGUCAAAGGUGCGGCCUCCAAGCAUGAGUUUCAGGCUGAAACGAAGAAACUGCUGGACAUCGUUGCCCGUUCCUUGUACUCAGAAAAGGAGGUAUUUAUCCGGGAGCUGAUCUCCAACGGCAGCGAUGCGCUGGAGAAACUGCGUCACCGGCUGAUGGCAGAAGGGAAAGCCUUGCCAGAGAUGGAGAUCCACCUGCAGACGGACGGGAAGGGAACCAUCACUAUCCAGGACACAGGUAUUGGGAUGACCCAGGAGGAGCUUGUUUCUAACCUUGGUACCAUUGCUCGAUCGGGCUCAAAGGCAUUUCUAGAUGCUCUGCAGAGCCAAGCAGAAGCCAGUAGUAAAAUCAUCGGCCAGUUUGGAGUGGGUUUCUACUCGGCCUUCAUGGUUGCUGAUAAAGUGGAGGUGUUCUCACAGUCGGCAGAGCCGGGGAGCCCGGGCUACCACUGGUCCUCAGAUGGUUCAGGAAUGUUUGAGAUUGCGGAAGCUUCUGGUGUCAGAACUGGGACUAAGAUUAUUAUACACCUCAAAGAAGACUGCAAGGAAUUUGCCAAUGAAGACCGCGUCAAGGAGGUGGUGACAAAAUACAGCAACUUCAUCAGCUUCCCGCUGUACCUCAACGGGAGACGAAUUAACACGUUGCAGGCACUCUGGAUGCUGGACCCCAAGGACAUCGGUGAGUGGCAGCAUGAAGAGUUCUACCGCUUCAUAGCUCAGGCUUACGACAAGCCCCGCUAUGUCCUGCACUACAAGACCGACGCUCCCCUCAACAUCCGCAGCAUCUUCUAUGUGCCCGAGCAAAAACCAUCCAUGUUCGACAUCAGCAGGGAACUGGGUUCCAGCGUCGCCCUCUACAGCCGCAAAAUUCUCAUCCAAACCAAGGCUGCCGACAUCCUGCCUAAAUGGCUGCGCUUCCUCAGAGGUGUUGUGGACAGCGAGGAUAUACCUCUGAACCUCAGCAGGGAGCUUCUGCAAGAAAGUGCCCUUAUCAGGAAACUCCGAGAUGUUUUGCAGAAGAGAUUGAUAAAGUUCUUCAUUGACCAGAGCAAGAAGGACCCUGAGAAAUAUGCCAAAUUCUUUGAGGACUAUGGAGUAUUCAUGAGAGAGGGGAUUGUCACGAUAGCAGAGCAGGAUGUGAAGGAGGACAUUGCGAAGCUGCUGCGUUACGAAUCAUCUGCCUUGCCCGCGGGCCAGCUGACCAGCCUGACCGAGUACGCCUCCCGCAUGAAGGCAGGGAGCAGAAACAUCUACUACCUGUGUGCACCCAACCGGCACCUGGCCGAGCACUCCCCGUACUUUGAGGCCAUGAAGAAGAAGGACAUGGAGGUCCUGUUCUGCUAUGAGCAAUUUGAUGAGCUGACACUCUUGCACCUCCGGGAGUUUGACAAGAAGAAGCUGAUCUCGGUGGAGACGGACAUUGUUGUUGAUCACUAUAAGGAAGAGAAUUUUGAGGAGAGUCGCCCAGCUGCAGAACGUCUGACAGAGAGAGAGGCUGGGGAUUUGAUGGCCUGGAUGAGAAAUGUCUUAGGCUCUCGAGUCACUGAUGUUAAGGUGACUACACGGCUGGACACCCACCCUGCCAUGAUCACUGUGCUCGAGAUGGGGGCUGCCCGACACUUCCUUCGCAUGCAGCAGCUGGCCAAGACCCAAGAGGAGCGUGCCCAGCUGCUGCAGCCCACCCUAGAGAUCAACACAGGGCAUGCUCUGAUUAAGAAACUUAACGAGCUGAAGGACAAUCAGCCUGAUCUGGCCCAAAUGUUACUUGAUCAGAUUUAUGAGAAUGCCAUGAUAGCAGCAGGACUGAACGAAGAUCCCAGACCAAUGGUGAGCCGGCUGAACGAACUCCUCACAAAAAUCCUGGAGAAAAACUGAGCCCUGGAAAACUGAAGGAUGAACUCUGUGCUGAUAUCUCUUUCCUCAAGUGCAGUUGCUCUGUCAGCUAUUGCAGCAUCUGCUUGCAGGCACUGUUCAGUGAGGGGCUCACCUGGCAGGUGGCUAGGGAGGAUGCAGGGGACUUCCAACCAUCACUGCCUGGGCAGGAGCCAGUUGUAGUUACUACAUCAUGUCAUCAGCCUGUUCAAAGUGCAGUGUUCUUAGUGAGAGCAAAAUCCAGAGAUUGCUGCUGAAACGAUAUGCUUAAAUUUCUGACACAAGCCUAGAGACCCUUGUUUCACACUGUUUCUAGAAAUGUCCUUUCCCAAAACAGCAAGAGUCCCAGUUAGGUCUGUGAAGUCCCAGUUAGCUCUCUGAGUAUAUUCCCAUCCACUGAAGAACGAUUUCUUGUGCACCAUUGUGCUCUGAACAAGCCCUGGCAAAAUCCAUUAAUUUGUGAAGAAACUUUGACUUCUGACCAGGCAGGAGAACUUAGGUGGCGUGGAGAUAGAUUGCUGCCAUUAGCAGGCAGAUCCUGUUGGUGGAACAUGUCAGUACGUUCCCGUGGCAGAAAAGAUCACUGAGCUGCUGAAUAGUCAAGUUCAUCCUUGUCUCGCUUUAGAGAAAAAGCAACUGGGAAACAGUAUUCCAGUGUGUGGAGCACAGCUUUCCAGUGUACGGCCUUCUGGAAAGUCUCCAGGGUUCUUGUCUCUUCUCUGGGAUAAAUCGCAUGUCUUGCUGACCUGUGUUUAUGAUGAAUAAAUUCCUCUUUUCCAAGUCGC